AUGGCUGCUCGAGGCCCCGGUGCCCCCGGUGCCCGUGGAAUGAACACGCGCUUCGCGCAGUUCAAGCUCGUUCUGCUAGGCGAGUCCGCCGUCGGCAAGAGUUCCAUCGUGCUGCGAUUCGUCAAGGACCAAUUUGACUCGUACCGCGAAUCGACCAUCGGCGCUGCUUUCUUGACGCAGACCAUCUCCCUCGACGAGAACACCACAGUCAAGUUCGAGAUCUGGGAUACCGCCGGACAGGAGCGAUACAAGUCGCUCGCUCCCAUGUACUAUCGCAACGCCAACUGCGCCGUCGUCGUCUACGACAUUACCCAAUCUGCAUCUUUGGACAAGGCCAAGGCAUGGGUAAAGGAGCUCCAGAGGCAAGCGAACGAGAACAUCAUCAUUGCCCUGGCUGGCAAUAAGUUGGACUUGGUCACCGAGCAGCCCGACAAGCGAGCCGUUUCCACAGCAGACGCCGAGGCCUAUGCGCGCGAGGCCGGCCUCCUCUUCUUUGAGACAUCGGCCAAGACGGCCGAGAACGUCAAGGAGCUCUUCACUGCUAUUGCCAAGAAGCUGCCGCUUGACCAGGCCGGCCCUAGGCAUGCCCGGCCCGGUCAGCGACAGGGCGUGAGCCUGCAGCCCGAGACUCCUGGCAGCAACGUCGGCGGACCUUGCAGCUGCUAG